GUUUUGGUUGUAUAAAUAGAAGAGUUUGAGACGGAUAUUCAUAUUGCAUGCGCGUUUGCUUCAUAUAAGUAUAGAUGAAUUGAACUCUUCGGGUUACUCGCCUACUAGUGCUGCAUACUAUAAAAAAUUUGACUUGAAUUGAUCUUGUUGGUAUUCAAUUCUCUCAUUGUUGUUUCCUUGGCCUGCUUAUUCGGCAUUUAACAUGGGUACCCAGCUAAGAACAAGUUUGAUGGCACUUCUCUUGUUUCUUCUCUUGUCACCUACAGUAUUUUCAGUAUCUAAUGAUGGAUUAAUCAGAAUUGGACUUAAGAAGAGGAAAUUAGAUCGAAUCAACCACCUCGCUGAAAGCAUUGGCUCUAAGGAAGGACGUUAUGCAAGAAACUAUCGAGGGGAUCCAAGUGCAGAUAUCAUUGCUCUGAAGAACUACAUGAAUGCUCAGUAUUUUGGUGAUAUUGGUAUUGGGUCACCACCUCAAAAGUUCACUGUGGUUUUUGACACUGGUAGUUCUAAUCUUUGGGUGCCCUCUGCCAAGUGCUAUUUAUCAAUUGCUUGCUAUUUCCAUUCAAAGUAUAAAUCAACGAAUUCAAAUUCUUACAAAAAGAAUGGGACAUCUGCUGCCAUUAAGUAUGGGACUGGAUCUAUUUCUGGUUUCUUUAGUCAAGAUUCCAUCAAUCUGGGUGGACUGAUUGUCAAAGAUCAGGAUUUUAUUGAGGCAACUAAGGAACCAGGCAUCACUUUCGUGGCUGCUAUGUUUGAUGGUAUUCUUGGACUUGGAUUUGAAGAGAUUUCCGUAGGGGGUGCUAUUCCUGUCUGGUACAAUAUGGUGAAUCAAGGCCUUGUUAAAGAACCAGUGUUCUCAUUCUGGAUGAAUCGGAAUGUCCAAGAUGAAGAAGGGGGUGAAAUUGUUUUUGGAGGAGUUGAUGCUCAUCAUUUUAAGGGUGCACAUACAUAUGUUCCUGUGACUCAAAAGGGCUAUUGGCAGUUUGACAUGGGAGAUGUACUUAUUGACAGUAAAACAACAGGAUAUUGUGUUCAUGGUUGUUCAGCCAUUGCAGACUCUGGAACAUCUUUGUUGGCUGGACCAACGGCUGUAAUAGCUCAAAUCAAUCAUGAAAUUGGAGCUUCAGGGGUUAUAAGUCAGGAGUGCAAAUCAGUAGUUUCCAACUAUGGAAAAGCUAUGCUAGAUAUGCUGUUAACUCAGGUGGCACCCAAACUGAUAUGCUCUGAAAUUGGUUUGUGUGCACCUGAUAGUACUUGGGAUGCGAGUAUGAUGAUUGAGAGUGUGGUGGAUAAAAACAAUGAAGCUUCUAGCGGUUUGCAUGGUGAUAUGUGUCAUCUCUGUCGAAUGGCAGUUGUAUGGAUGGAAAGCAAACUCAAACAAAACCAGACUGAAGAGAAAAUAUUGGACUACAUUGAUGAGCUCUGUGAUCGCCUACCCACUCCAAUGGGAGAAUCUUCUAUCGACUGCAGCAACCUUGCUUCCAUGCCUAGUAUUUCAUUUACCAUCGCUGGUAAAUCGUUUGAACUAACACCGGAUGAGUAUGUCCUUCAAGUUGGCAAGGGAGCUGUAACACAAUGCAUUAGCGGGUUUAUAGCGCUAGAUGUGCCACCACCCCGUGGACCCCUGUGGAUCUUGGGAGACGUUUUCAUGGGUAGGUACCACACUGUGUUUGACUAUGGAAAUAUGAGGGUUGGAUUUGCUGAAGCAGUGUAAAUCAAUGUCUGCAAAUUUACUGCCAUUGCGAAACCUUUGAUGCUUGAUUUCUAUGGUACCAUGCCGAUGGUGAAACUCUGCUGUGUCUUUCAGUGACUUGAAAUGGACUACUGUGCAUAAUAAAAACUGAUACUCCAUACUAUGUAAGAUAUAAACAAUGUCUUAUUUAUAUUUAAAUUAAAGGGCUAAAGUUUUUAUAGUGUAUUU